AUGUCCAGGUCAGUCACACUAUGGGACCUUCUGGUGCUACCCUAUUGUCGUGGUUUCAUAGCUUACUUUUCCCAGCGCGGCCCCAGCGUCGACAAGGAAAGCAGCGGUCUUGAUUAUGCACAGAACGGCAAUGGCAACGCCCCUCAACAAAGGAGACCUUAUGACUACGGAGGCAAUCCUCUCGCUCACGUUGCGACCAACAAUUCCGAUAUGCGUCUUGCUGCGUUUGGUGGUGAAUUCCAGCCGGGUCUCUAUCGCCCACCGAACCGCAAAUUCGCCAACCCAGCUCCCCUCGGUCUUUCGGCUUUCGCUCUUACGACCUUUGUCCUGUCGUUGAUUAAUGUCAAUACCAGGGGCAUUGGCUCGCCCAGCAUUGUUGUUGCUAUCGCUUACGGUUACGGAGGUCUUGUGCAGCUUCUCGCUGGUAUGUGGGAAAUGGCUGUUGGGAAUACCUUUGGUGCUACUGCGUUGUCUUCCUACGGAGGUUUCUGGAUCUCCUUCGCCAUCAUCUUGACACCCGGCGGGUUCCAGAUCGAGACCGGCCUCGCCGAGAUCAGCGAAGCGACUUUCCUCAAUUCCUUCGGUUUAUACCUCAUGGGCUGGUUUAUAUUCACCUUCUUGCUCUUGAUCUGCACGCUCCGCUCGACUGUGGCGUUCUUUUCGUUGUUUUUCACCCUGGAUUUGGCCUUCCUCAUGCUCGGAAUCGGCUACCUCCAGCACGACGGUGCUCACCCCCAACCAGAUUGUAUUAUCGCUGGAGGUGCUUUUGGCCUCAUGGCUGCGUUCCUUGCCUGGUAUAAUGCCCUUGCUGGUAUUGCCGACAGCAGUAACAGCUUCUUCGUCAUUCCCGUUGCUCACUUCCCCUGGUCUGAUAAGGGUCGCGAGCGCCGCGAGAAGGUCGACAACUCUGCACACCGUGCUGCUUAA